UGAGAGAGUGAGAGAGUGAGAGGGGGAGUGAACGGGGAGGGAGGUGAAGGUGUACGAAGAAGAAUAGUAAAAGAUAAAAAAGAAGAAGAAGAAGAAGAGCAGUGGAAGAACAAGUUCACUUUCGUUCAUCGAGUUUUCUCACAUGUCGUCGAUCUUCUAACAUAAGAAGCGUGACGCGAAACAAACAAAAAAAAAGAUGAGCUGCGAUCAGCUCGCACUUCUUCUUUGGAAGAAUUACAUCGUACGUAAAAGACAACCGGGUAUUUUAGCCUUGAUAUUUUUAUGGCCAAUCUUGGUUUUUCUAAUCCUCUACACGGUUCGAGAUAAUGUCGAUCCAGAAUAUCAUCCAACUUGUCAUUUUCCUUCAAGAUCAAUGCCACAAGAUGGACUUUUACCAUUCGUUCAAAGUUAUAUCUGUAGCAUUGGGAAUCCUUGCGAUUUACUUUCAGAAUACGAGGAAGUACCAACGUACAGUAAUGCCAGUUUAGGUCCUUUAGUAGUUGAUAUGCAGCCAAUAUUGAAUAACGAGACGAUUCUUUCAGCAGUGAAAACUUUACCGAAAAGCAUACAACUUCUCAAAUCAAUGGCGGAGAUACUUACCCGACCAGAAAUCAAAACGUUGUUUGACAGAGGUAUUCGUCUUGGUGACCUCUUCAACAAUCACGAUCGGAUCAAGAGCUUAUUAAGGGCUCAAAUGCCACGAGCAAGCCCUUCUUUGGUUGACGGUCUAUUUGAAUCUUCGAUAAGAUUGUAUUACUUGAUCGAAACAUUCGGUUCUACGAAUAUCGAUGGUAUCGUUUGUUCGAAGGAAAAUUUAAAAAAAUAUAUGAUACUUACGAACGAAGAGGAUUAUGGGGAAAUUUCGAAAGUUCUUUGCCAAUUGGAUGCAAAUCAAAUUCCCGACAUAUUAUCGGAAUUAUCUAAACAUUUAGAUUUUAGCGGUUUGUUGGGCAUGCUCGAUCGCGUUAUGGGAAAAUUUCGUAGCUAUGAUUUUUUUCAAGAUCUCAAACGUACCGUUGAUAUUAUAUUAAAUUUAAAAUCUAUUGAUAAAUACGUGCCGAGUUAUCUUAAAAUUCGUGAAUGGUUACCAAAUGCUAUAAUGCUCUUUCGAAACGUCACUUUCAAGGAAAUCGAUCUUAAUUUUAUUAAAAAAUUGGUGGAUAUGUUGGAUCCUAUUUUUGAGAAGGAAAAUGAUUGGACCGUUGCUCGUCAUGGAUUUUUAAAAUUAAACACGUUACUUGGAAUGGUAAAAACAUUUUUACAUAAUCAUACUAUCGAAUCUUCGAAUGAUUUUUUUGUGGUUUUGGAUAAUAUGUCCAAAACUAUCAAAGAUUAUUCACUCGGUAAAACGGAGGAAACACAAAUUACGAAAAUAUUAGACAUGACGUUCCUCGUUCUGAAGGAUGGAAUAACCCUGACUGAAAAAUUGCUAAAUCAUCAUGCCGAUCAGAUUUCCUUAACCGCAGCAGUCAUCGAUAAUUUAAAAUACUUUCUUUCCGAGAAUAUAGUUAACACGCUUACGUAUGCUAGUUCAUUGAUUGAGAAUAUUGUAAGAAUGACUCAUCACGUGGCUGUUAUUCAUUUGGAAACAGUUAAAAAUAUUUAUGACAUUUGUAAAAAUUAUCAAGAAUUAGUAGGAAAGAUUCUUACCAACGUUGACCCUGUGGUUUAUCAGAAUAUGCUGCAAUCUUUAUCCCGUUUAGAUUUUUUAGAGCGAUUAAUGAUUGGUGCGAAAGGUAAGAAAAUGGAAGAAUUUAUUUGCGAGAAGAACAUUUUUAACGAAAUAUUCGACAAUGAUCUUCGUCAUUCGGAAAACCAAUUGAAAAAUAUCGAGGAGAUUAUUUGCAGCGAUACGGGAAAGAAAUUCGUUGCCGACAUUUAUCAGAAUUUUCAUUUUCAAGAGUACGGAAAAAUUAUAGAAAAUACCUUAUCAACGUUAGUUAGCAUGUUUUUCAAAAGUACUUAUGGAAUCGAACGAACAAAUCUUACUACAGUCGUCAAGGUAACCAGAGAUUUCGUUUCUUAUUUGCAAUCACCGAUAAGGGAUGAUCCAGAUUGGAGUAUUUUUAGGGCUAAUGAAAAUUGGUCAAAAGUUAUCGAGGAUACACGAAGCAAAGGAAGAUUAGAUGUAUUAGGAAUACAUUUGAGUAUAGCAAAGAUAUACGGGUCACGUAGUUUAUCGUAUUUCACGAUAGUACCUAAUUUAGAAAAUAUGUACAAAUUAUCUAAAAUCAUAUUGCAAGAUCUCAAGGAACAACCAAUUAAUUGGAUCGAUCAGUUUCGUAAUAACAAGUAUCAACUCGUUGAAUCAUUUUAUUUGACAGUCACGGACAAAAGAAAGACUUUGGAAAUAUUGGAAUAUGCUAACUUUACGGAAUCCUAUUGUAUCAAUUCGAAUCCACCGAAUUUAAUCGUAUAUCCAAUUGGAUCGGAUGAGAAACUAUUGAAAGAAUUGAUCUGUCGUGUUUCGAGAUCCGUCGAAAAUGUAUUGAUGAUUAAUAUAACCAAUGUUAAAUUCAACAAUGAUCAAAAUGGGAAGGAAGAAAAAUUCAGUUGGACUUCGUUCAAUGAUCAAAUCAUUCAAAUUUACAAGUACAUCGACGAGCUGCUAUUUCAAGAGGACAAGAAUUACAAUUUACUUCAAUUGCAGUAUCUCAAGUCGAACUUUAAAACAUCGUGGACGACGAAUUUAACUUCAAGGGAAGCUUGGGAGAUCAGCGUAGGUGUUCUAUGUAAGCUCUUCACUGUUAUGGAAAAUACGUUGUUCAACAUUCAAGUUAAAAGAUUUUGGACAAAUAUCUACGCGAUCGCUUGGUCGGUCUCGGUGACAUUUGACAGCAUUGAUUCGGCCAUCAAUCAGAUUCGUAAAAACGAUCGUGUUGUCAAUCUUUCGGAUCUUUCUUUACCGAAAACGCAAAUCUUAUUGGAAAGUUUCAUGACAAAUUUGUCACCGAUCAUUCUAGAUGGAGUCGAUUUGAUUUCAUUGAGCUUACCUAUUCAUCUUAUAACUGCUAUCAAUGAGUAUAAAGAACGCGAAACUGAUUGGCCGUGUGUGAAAAAUGAGAGUAUUGGGACAGUUUUGGAAUUUAGGAAAGGAAGUCAAUCAUUUAUAAAGGAACUCGAAAGGAUAGCUUGCGAGCCUAUUGAACUUAUUAAAGAAUGGAGAAAUCAUCCCGUUUUAAUGAAGGCUCGAAGAAUUUUUCAACACAAUUCCAACGUAACGAUGCCACCCUUUGAUUGGCGGUUGGGGUACAUAAAAUUUCGUCAUUUGGUCAAAGAUUUUGACGAUUUGAUCAGCGACACCAAGGAAAUUGUUUUAUACGAAAAUCCUAAAUUGGUGCCUUACAUGAAAGCACUCGAACCAGAACUUGAGAAAAUCUUUGAAGAACGUUUACCGAAUAUGAAAAACAAGGCGAGGAGUUUUUUGGAUUACAUCGAUUUGGAAUUGGACAAGACGAUCAAAGUUUUUCAAAGCAGCAACGUAACAAUGCGCAACUUGUGGGAAUCGAAGAUUACCUUGAUCGAUAAAUUACUCGUCCUUGGGAAGUUUCUUUCUCACGUCCUACAUGAAACACUUUCACUUGUGACCAAUAUUCUUCAAGAUGGAUCACAAGACAUCAGUUUAUUGUCCAUGUUGGGUUUCAACAACGAAAGCGUGGUCGGAUUAAUUUAUAAUAAAUUACCAUACAUUUUGUCGACGGUGGUAAAUGGUCUUUCCGAUGAAAGAAUUGAGAAUAAAAUUGUAGAAACAUUGAAGAACGGAAAUGAAUUCGAAUGCAAGGAUAUGUUCGAUUGGUGGUCAGACGUUAAAGUUGGUAUCACCGUGGAAGAAUAUUCGGAAAUACAAAAAUUCGUAUGCAAUCUUGAUCCGGAAAAUUUUAACGCUUACAUGGAUUUUGCUGUUGGAGAAGAAAUGGUAUUUCGAAAACCGAUGAAUCAGUAUCGUUCGUACAUGAUAACUUUGAUCGGUGAUUUGUACGAUUUUGCCAAAUCCAUUAAUGCGAGGAUAAACAGUACAAUAAUUAUAAAAAAACCUUUCACAAAAUUAUACUUCGAGGAUCUUUUAAUGAAACUGAAAGAUUCCUUGGAAUAUAUAGAAUCAACAUCGUAUAAGAUCGUAGAAUUAAAUACCGAACGGACGGACCACAAGCUGAUCAUCGAAGGUAUUUCCGAAGCUUUGGUUAAUAUCGCCGAAGCUUUGGAGAAUUUGGAAAUAAAGAACGAUCAGAUUUAUAUCUGGCAAGCGAUUAAAACCGGUGAUAUUCGACAAUUGUUGAAAAUUUUCGAAUCAUCUCCCGAAGAAACGAUAGCAUUGAUUUUUCGUCUUUUAACAUUGGAUAAGAAAACUGGACAAUUUUUACCUCGCGAUAAGUUACGUGCUACUUUUUGCGAUCCGCAUUAUUUUUCCAAUUAUUGGACGAAAAAAGAUCGGAAUUAUUUUCUCAUGAAAAUUUGCACGUUCGAUCCGUAUCAAGUAUUAAAAUCAAUCACCAGUACAGAAUUUUACGAAACCGUCGAAGGAAAAAAGAACGUUCUCGUCAAAUCCACACCCUUGUCUUCAGCUUUGAUUAAAUUUUUGGACGCGUUGAUAAAAAUCGUGUCUUCCCACGAAAACAUAAUCGUUAGAUCGAACAUCUUCAAUUCGACAACUUGGAUGAAUUUAUCUUCGGACACGUGGGAUGUUAUAAAAGCUGCUGAAGAAUCAUGGGUAUACAAAAUCGUUGUUGAACAUGAAAAACCACUGGAGAAAUUAGACGAAUCGUCGAAAUCAUUGAUCAUGAAUGGUUAUCCUUACGUGAAAAUUAUUAAAUCCGUACGUUUGUUAAACUUUUUGAUGGAUCUUUUAACGGGUGGUGGUGACAUUUGGCAAAAAUUACGCAACGUCUAUGAGAAUUCGAAAAUCCAACCAAUGUUGACGCUGAUCGAGGACAUACCGAAUCUCGUUUUAACCAGUAUCGACACGUUCCUAACUUCCGAAAGAUUAAACGACUUCGCGGAUAAACUUUUUCAAGGCAAAGUUAAUCCUUGCGAUAUCGACAGGUAUUUGAUUCCACCGAGCUUUGUCAGAAAAAAGGCCCUUCUUUCUAGCAUCAGUAAUUUUUGUCUCAACGUACUUGCGAACGAGAAAUUCCCCACGGCCAUGGACUUUUUAUCACUCGACGUGAAAAUCGAGAAAAACCUUAUAGUUAGCAACGAUAAAGUGAAAUAUUGGAAUGCAAGUUAUUUUGUCGACGUAGUUAAUAGUUUGGCGUCAACUUUGAUACGCGUUGGUUCAGAAGGUUACAAGAAUCCAAAGGUUCCAACUUGGUGGACGUCUUUCGAGGAGGGCACUCUCAAAGAUUUUUCUUUGCAAUAUAAAAAGAAGGAUUUGCGAACGUUGGCUCAUUCGGUUGUCAAUAAAUUCGGAAAUGUGAUCAAAGAUCUCACGAAAACGUCAUCUUCCGACAAAGAUUGUUCAUGGUGCAGCACGUCGAUGAUCGAUAUCGUUAAUACUCAAUUAUCGCGACACGCGCUUUACGCACAACUCAUUUGCGAUACUAAUAAAUUGAAUAAUUGGGAAAUUCAUAAUCGACUCAUCAAUGAAUUUUAUUGGAACAAAACCACGAAUAUGAUUAAUAAUUACAAAUAUUUGAAUGAUAAGAAGACAUUGAAUGCAUUUAUAACGAGUAUCGAAACGACGUUACAUUACAUUGCAGACAUAAUUGUUAAUUUUCAAAACGUAACGUACAAGGAGAAGAUGGAUCAUUGUUUUAAACAGCUCAUUGGAGAACCAGCGUUCUCUAGACCAGGCUUGUACAUAAAAAUAAUCACCGGCAUAUUGGAGAUGUUAGAAAAGAACACAUUUCUAUUGGACAACACGAGAUACCAUGAGAAAAUAUUAGAUUUAACGAAUCUAGCGGAAAAAUACGUACCCAUUUGGAAACCGUUGGUAGAAGUUGUGAAAAAAUCUGACAAAAUAAUCGUAAAUAAUUUAUUAGCAAACGCUAUGAUCAACGUUAACGGCAUAUUGAAUAAUAAAAGUCAUUCCAUGUGUCGUACAAUACUCGAGUGCAAAAACGUUAGCGUACUUUAUGAAUUUUUAAGUUCGAAAAAUGCGGCUAAAGUUUUAAGAUACGAUCCUAAAUUAUCCAAGUAUCCAUCGGUAAUGGAUAUAUCAGAUCGAUUAGCGAAAAGCUUAGAUCUGUCAUUGAUAAGACAAGAAAUAAUAGAGUGGCGUCAAGAUGCAUCCUGGAAUCUGACAUGGCUGAAACAGAUCUUACGUCAUUUAACUGUUGUCCUCGAUGAGGGUGGUAAUCUUUUUGACGUUGCUUUCAAGAUCGAUUUCCAAGAUGUUUCCAAUGUUCUCGGUAUGCCCGACAUAGUUGAUGGGGUUGUUAAUCUUCUCAAGGACAAGACCAUCGAUAAAAUAUUUUCCGGAAUGCACGAAAUGUUGGAAGACGUUACACCAUUUUUGAAUGAUCACAAUUUGAUCGACGAUUUGAACAGUAUGAUCGUUGCACUUGAGUCUAUGGAAAUUUUUAAAAAUUUGGGAUUAUUGGACGUUAAAUACGUCGUCAGUGAUAUGUUCGAUAAUUGGGACACAGUGAGAAAUUACUUGAUUAAUAAAAUACAUUUAUCGAAAGAAACAGCAUUGAUUUUGAGUGAAGCUAAAAUCGACAUGAUUUCGGUUUUCAUGAAAGAAAGACGAGCAUUCAGUUUGAAGGAUACCAUUUGUUCCCCAUCGAAAUUAGGAGAUAUGUUGGACGUUCAUCAUACUGAAAUUACGAUAGAAGAAAUCAGCACUGUUCUUUGUACGUUGAACGAUACUCAAACGCAAAAUAUUGCCAUAACUUUGAUCAAAAAUUUAAAUUUCGACUACAUCCUCAAAACCUUAUUAAGCGCAAAUGUAAAAAACAUCUUAGCAAAUGCGAAUUUAACCGAAACGGAAGGAAAAUUAGUAUUGGAUAAUUUAGGAGUCGCAUCCGAAUUGAUUCCAUUUUUCAAAGACAAACUUUCCGGAAAUUUCAUUUCUCCUGAGAGUUUACAAUCCGAAACUGACGGAGGGGAGGAAUCCGAUGCCAAAGGAAUAAUGUCGAGCUCGGAAUUUCUAUCGGAUUCGAGCAAAAUGCUUUGCGGCAAAACUGUGUUGGACACUAACAAUAGAUUUUACAAAAUGAUUGCAAGUAUCGAAGACAAUAUAAAGGAAGACGACAAAGUUGAACUCGAUUCGUUGCCAACUGAUUUUUGUAGGGAAACUUACAAGAGUGUGAUCAACAUGGGCGCAGGAAAGAUUAUUUGGUCUUACAUAAAACCACUGUUACGUGGUCAGAUCCUUUAUGCACCUGACACUGCCGCAAUCAAGAAAGUUAUGUCUCUAACGAACGAUACUUUCGUACAGAUGGAUCACUUUGGUCAAUUGAUGGAUAGUUUCGUAGAGACACUUAAAUCAUUGGCAAGUCUUUCGGAAAUGGGUGAUAGUUUAAACGAACUACAGGAUAUUUUGGCAUCGGAAGUCAUGCAAAUAGCAAUCAAGAGUUUUGGUGGUGGAAACUUCGAAGGUAAUUUUUCGGAAUUUAAUUUCGGUGAAAUAGCAUGGAAAUUAAAAAGAUCGAAAAAAUUGAUUACGAUGGUUGAAAUGUUAAAUGAUUUGUUGGAUUGUGUAUUGAUCGAUCGAAUGAAAGGAUUUUCAACGGAAAACGAAUUAGAAAUUUAUGCUCGUUCUCUUAUGGAGACUAACGAGUUUUUAGCAGGCAUUGUCUUUUUGGAUAAGGAAACUGAAAGAUCUAAAAGAUCGUUGGAUUAUGAAUUACCCGAUAAUAUCACUUAUAAGAUUCGAAUGGACGUGGAUUAUGUUCCGUCAACUACAAGAUUGAAGAAUCAAUUUUGGAUUCCCGGACCGGAAAGUAACUUUAUCGAAGAUCUUAGAUAUCUUCGUGGUUUUAUACAACUUCAGGAUGCUGUUGAUCGUGCUAUCAUUAAAGUUAAAUCUCAAAAAGAUCAGAAUUGGAAGACGUUGACGCAACAAAUGCCUUAUCCUUGUUGGAAACACAUACCAUUUCAAACAACCCUCUACGAAUCACAAGGGCUUCAAGUAUGUUUCUUCUUUGCACUGAUGAUGUGCGUUGGAUCAGCUGUUCGUCAUAUCGUUUGGGAAAGAGAAUCUAGAAAUUCUAUGGUGAUGAGCGUUAUGGGAUUGAAACCUUGGCGAAAUACGUUCGCAUGGUUCAUAACUUCUUUUAUCGAGUUAUCAGUCGUGAUUAUUUGCAUCAGUUUAAUUCUCUUGGCUGGUAAAAUUCUUCCAAGGUCUAAUCCUGUACUAGUUCUAAUGCUACUCUUCGAUUAUGUGUUUUCCAUCGUAACGUUUUGUUACAUGAUUUCUACGAUAUUCAGUUCAGCGAGUCUUUCAGCCAUUACAACAGUAGUCAUGUUUUUGUUAACUUACAUGCCUUACAUUAUCGUCAUAGCAAUGGAAGCUGCUUUUGGUUUGGGUUACAAAUUAUUUAUCUGUCUCAGUAUGUCGACCAGUUUCUGUUAUGGUUGUUUAUACGUAGUUCGCAAAGAAGUACAAGGAACUGGUAUCACGUGGAAAAAUAUGUGGGAAGAGUCAAGUCCCGGUGAUCCAAUGUCUUUUGGCCUAAUUUUAUUUAUGAUAGCACUUGACGGUUGCAUUUAUGCAUUGAUCGGUUACUUCAUCACUAAAUAUACGAAUUCAGGCAGGGACUUUCAUGGUUUGAGGUCCCGUAGUUUAUGGUGGGCCAACACACGUUCUCUCUAUGGCAGACCCAGUUACCUCGCCUUCGUCAACAAUCUCUAUCUCACUAACGACGUCCUGCACCCUUCAACCACUUAUCAAGAAGACGAUUCCGACGUGAGUAGUUUGACUGUGAACGAGAAACAAAUUGGUGUCAGAUUCGACAACGUUCGUAAAGUUUAUAACACUGACACGGGAGAAGUUGUAGCUGUCGAUGAAUUCACUUUGAAGCUUUGCGAAGGUGAAGUGACUAGUCUUCUUGGAAGAAAUGGUGCUGGAAAGACAACGCUUAUUAAGAUGCUAACUGGUAUGGUCGCUCCGACUAACGGUGAAAUAUGUUUGAACGGUGAAGAGGGUUGCAAGCCAGAAAUAGGGGUGUGCCCUCAGGAUAACGUGCUCAUCGGUACUAUGACGCCGAGGGAGCAUAUGAUCUUCUAUUCAAAGCUCAAGGGAAAAAAGAAUAACGUGACUAUGGAAAGAAAUGUUAACGAGAUGCUAAGUUCGUUGGAAUUAGGUCGACAAGAGCACGAACCGGUUUAUCGUUUAUCGGGUGGUACAAAACGUCGACUUUGCGUGGCCCUGGCCUUCUUAGGUUCACCAAAAUUGGUGAUCCUCGACGAGCCAGGUGCAGGAGUGGAUCCAGCAGCCAGAAGAAGAAUUUGGCAACUGAUCGAUCAACAUAGAGUUGGUAGAACUGUUCUGUUAUCAACGCAUCAUCUGGACGAGGCUGACAUGUUAAGUGACACAGUAGUUGUCAUGCACAAAGGGAAGAUCCUUUGCACCGGGUCACCACUGACCUUGAAAAUGAAUCACGGUAGAGGCUACAGGUUGCACUUAUCUUAUCCACCGAAUGACAUUUCUGGUGAGUCCAUCGAGAGGAAGAAUUUGGAAACACUUAAAAAAAUCAUUGAAGGAAUCGUGCCUAAUUGUAGCAUCGAUGAAACGACUGGAACUGAAGUCAUUGUUAAUCUACCUUUCCAAGGAAAACAUGGAAAUAACAACGACAUAGCACAAGCGGCAAAGGUUCUCGAAGAUAAUCAAAAACUUUUAGGAUUCUUGCACUUCUCAUUGGAAUGCGAUACUCUCGAAAGAGUAUUUUUGGAUUUGUGUGCUCGUGCCGAUAAUAAUUCGAUGUUGAAUCGUGUCAACAUUAACAACUCUGAUAAAGUUAAUCACAUAGGAUUGUCCGUGCCGAACGACGGAAUUGAUUUGAUAGAUUUCGAACCCUCCCCGAAACCUAGUGCGUUGAGACAAGUCAAGGGUUUAUUGAAAAAACGACUGUGGCAUUUCGCAAAGGAUUGGAGGUCGCCCUUGGCCACUUUCAUUUUACCGACGAUGUUCGUUGCCGUGGCAAUGGGUUUCUCUCUAAUAAGACCACCAUCCGUGGACGAACCACCAUUGGCACUUAACCCAAGGAUUUACGACGCUCAUCCAACUUACUUCUACAGUAUCGAUAACAGCAACGAUCCAUUUUUGCAACACGUGUCGCUCCAACUACAUGAUAGAUUCGGCGACGACUACGCUGGUGCUUGGCAAACUUUACCGAAUGAUACGGGAACAUGUGAAUGCGUGGACGGUCAACAAACCUGUCAAGGAUUAUCACAAGCGGUCGAGGGACUCUUGCAAAUUUUACCUGGACGACCUACUCUUGAUUGGAUUGUUUCCACUCAUCAGGAAUACAUAGAGAAAAGAUACGGUGGAUGGUCGCUUUCUCAUUGGAAGGAGGAUCCUCUAUUCGUCGUUUGGUAUAACAAUAAAGGCCAUCACUCGAUGCCAUCCUAUCUUAAUGCCCUCAACGAAGCGAUACUUCGUGCUUCAGGAGUCAACGGACAUUUAACGACCCUGAACCAUCCGUUGAAGCUUUCCAGUGACCAAUUGAAUCGAACCACAUUAUUGCAACGAGUCGCAGACGUUGGCAUUGCCUUGGUUCUUUUACUCGCAUUUAACUUGGUCGCUGCACAAGGAACGAAAGAGUUAGUAAGAGAAAGACUUUCAGAAGAGAAAAGGAUACUUUAUCUGGCUGGAGUACAUCCGGUGACUUAUUGGACGACGGCCUUGAUCUGGGAUUUCCUAAUCUUUGGAUGUUCUAUUUGUUUGGCUGUCGUUGUUUUCGAGAUAUUUGGCUUGUCAACAUACGUAUCGAAAGAUAAUCUAGCCGGUGUCUGCCUGUUAUUAUUCUUAUUCGCUUGGGCUGCCAUUCCAUUCUCCCACUUAGCUGAGAAGGCAUUCGACGAUUCCAGCUUGUCCAACAUGGUUCUCUUUUGCGUGAACACGUUUAUAGGUGUUAGUUCUUUAGCCACUAUUUUGGUGAUCGAUAUUCUUGGAAAGAGUCAAGCGGCUGCCGACGCCAGAGAUUUACUUCAUCGAAUUCUCAUGAUAUUUCCGCAAUAUGUUCUUGGGGAUGCACUCGUGGAAUUAUCAAAGAACGAUAUUGCUGCCGAAUUGUUGAAGAAGUUUCACAUGGACACUUAUAAGUCACCAUUGGGCUGGGAUCUUCUUGGGGUUCAUUACGUUUUUCUCAUAAUCAUCGGUGCGUUAUUAUACGUAACAAAUAUCAUCGUCGAAUGCCGACUCUUGCCAAAUUUUCGCAAACAGAACAUAAAUUACGAAGUCGUGGAGGAGGACGAGGAUGUUGUCGCAGAAAGGUCCAGGGUCGAGGGUGGCAUGGCUCAGGAAGAUAUUUUGAAGACGAUUAAAUUGAGAAAAGAAUAUCGCAGCGUUUACGGCACCAACGUUGCCGUUCAGAAUUUAAGCUUUGGCGUUCAACCCGGAAAAUGUUUCGGUCUGUUGGGCGUCAACGGUGCCGGUAAAAGCACGAUUUUUAAGAUGCUCACAACCGAAGUUAUUGCUACGGCUGGUAGGAUUGUUUUAAAGGACAAGGAUAUUGAUUCGGGUCCUCUUUGUAACGGUGAAGUUGGUUAUUGUCCACAAACCGAUGCCUUGGAUGGAUUCUUAACACCCCAUCAAUGUUUGACUAUACACGCUGAGAUUUACGGAUUGAAAAAUGUUCCUAAGGCGGUAGAAAGUACGUUGCAGAGACUCGAUCUUUUAAAAUACGCCCAUCAAAGGGUGAGCAGUCUGAGUGGUGGAAAUAAAAGAAAAUUAUGUACAGCUAUAGCAGUAAUAGCACCAGUUUCCGUGAUUCUCAUGGACGAGCCAACGAGUGGGAUGGAUCCAGCGACAAAGGAUUUGGUUGGAUGUGUGAUUAAACAUGUCAUUAAAAAUCACAGCAGCGUGAUAUUAACGUCUCACAGCGUUGCUGAUUGCGAAAGUUUAUGUAACAGAGUGGGAAUUCUUGCCAAAGCUGGUCUCAGGUGCAUAGGAACGUCGCAACAUUUAAAACACAAAUUCGGCGAAGGCUACGUUGCAUUCUUGAGAUUCGGCAAACCAACGUCAGGUAGCGAUCUCAGAAUAGCCAUUGCAAAUCAUCUUCCACAAGCCAUAGUGUCCUCGAGACAAGCAACAGCAGCUCGUUUGUUGGUGCCGAAGAACGAAGAUAUACCAGUGAGCACGAUCUUCGCUAAAGUAAGGAUACUUGCGGAAGAGCUCAAAUCUACGGACUACACGCUCUCUCAAAGCUCCUUGGAUCAGGUUCUCGUUAAUUUCUCGGAGGAACUUGAGGACGAAUCAACCGAUUCUGCGAGAAAUGGAUUCACCAAUGUUUGCUUCAAUAUGGAUAACAUUCAUAUGGAAACUUUUUAAGGAUUUCAAUACUUAAAAAACACCAUCGAAUAUUUUCUUUUCUUAUUUUUUUGUUUAUUUAUAUAUAUAUAUAUGUAUAUGUGGCCACGAUUAAUCAAAGAGGUUUGAGAGAUCAAUUAAAAAAUUCCUGAAAAAUGUUUAUCUUUUCAUAGACAAUUUUUAAAGUAGUUCGAUGUGUAAAUUUUAACAUUUUCAAACAACAACGCGACAUUUACGAUCUUUUAAUGUAUUUUAAGUUCCUAGACUGCGUUUUCUUUUCGAGAUGGUGUUUUCAUAUUAUAUUUUUUCUAUUUGUAAUUACAAAACAGAAACAAUUUUUGAACUACUUAAGAUUUAGAAUAUAUAUAUAUAUAUAUUUGUUUAAGAUUGACGAUAAAAAGAAGAGUAUUUUUCUAACGGUAUGCGAUUUAAUUAAGAAUAAAUUCUAAUGCGUAAUUUAUAAUAAUACAAU